CAGUUUUUCUAAUGUUCCCUGUCACCGCCAUCUAGUCACAGAAGAGACAAAGCCUUUAUUUUUUCUCAGCCAGGAGUCAGUUCUUUAGAAUUUGUUUCAAACGAGAAUCUAACCGCGAUAAUCUCCGGCCCCUAGACAUAAUAAAAAACCUUUGCAUUAAAAGCCUGUCCUUGCUAAACGGUUAAUUGUAAACACAGCUAAUUGUGCGAAGUCACAUUUUUAUUAUACUAGCGUGUGCAAAUGUGUGAGCGCGUUCUCUCUUUAUUGAACCUCCUGGGCAGCAACACAAAAGCGAAGAUGCGGAAAUGCCCGGACGCUUCCAUUUCUCCAGGAUGAAAUUUGAGUUUGUGGGCAUAUUUGCAAAAAGUUGCAGGCUUUCUGGUCAAAAUGUUGUUAAGUUGAAGAAAGUAUUAGCAAAUCUUUGAAUUUGGACGCCGAGGAGUUGUAAAACCGGAGGUAGCAUAUAGCAGCCUUGUUGCAACUGCGAUUACGGGUGUCCAUUUGAGCAGUUAUUUGCUCCAUCAAUCGACAUUCAGAGACGUUCGAAGUAUAAUUAACCAUGAGGAGGUUUUUAGCUAAGCCGCAAAUUGAAAUCCCCAAUUGAGGUUGGCAACAAGUGGAUAAAAACGUCUGAAAAGCUAUUCGCCAGCACACAACACUCCGUUCAUGAAUUCAAGGAAAAGCUGAGCUUGCAAACUGGAGUCAAAACGGGUGUCCAAAAAGAUUUUACUCGCAACUUAACAAUCUUCGAUGAUGCGAAUUUUAACUGACCUGGUAAAAACAACGAUCGAAGAAGUUGCAAUGCUUCUCUAAAUUACUUCUUCGUUUGGUCAAUAGCGGAAUUUGUCAAUAGCAAUUUUUUUCUCAAAUGAAAUAGUUGUGGUAUAGAUACAGUAUUUGAAUCCAAAUGAUCUUUGGUAUGCUUGAAACAAAUUUGAGCUUUUGAACAGAAAGAAGAUGGAUCUUAUGUGACAAUCGAACUUCUCUCGCAAUUUGACAGUUGACAACAUUAGCAAAUUAUUUUGAUAUCAAAAUACGAUUAGUAGCUGUCGAGAAGUGCCUGAGAGAAAAAUCUGGACAAUUUGUCAAACAGCGAGGAGCGGAAAAGUAGGCGGGCUACGGCAUAACUUAGUGCGAAACUUGCAUUGUAAAAAAACAAAACUUGUAAGGAUCGACCACCAUGUCUGGUGAGGCAGCCCGGAUUCCUUUGCAACGUGGGUUUAGCCGGCGAAGCUCGGUCGUGAUCAAAGCAAAAACCAGCAAUUUGGAUGAAGUAUUGAAAGAAAUCGGAGGAUGUAGCCAUUAUCAAAUUCGUAGACAUGUUUUGUUUUUCCUCAUAUCGAUACCGUUUGCUUGUCAGAGUCUUUUCAUGGUUUUCGCAGGGCAAAAACCUGAUAUUUGCAUUGAAAUUGGGUUGUCUGAAUGUCGAAAAAUUGACACCACACACAAAGAAGAUUAUUGCCCAUUCUCUUCAAGACAAUACUUAUUUAUGCAACCCGAAAAAUUUUCAGUAAUUACAGAGUUUGAGCUUGUCUGCGACAAGAGCUACCUUGAGCAAAUUGCCCAUUCCAUGUAUUUUCCUGGUGGUUUCCUUGGCACAAUUGUAAUUGGAUGGAUAGCACAUCGGUUAGGGAGAAAAUCUGUUAUGUUUUGUUGCCUGGCAAUUGUUUCCCUGAUAGCAACAUUGUCAGCAUUUGCAGACUCGUUUUGGUUCCUCAUAAUGGCUCGAUUUCUCACCGGAUUUUUCCUGUCUGGCGUUGCUGUAUCUUUAUACGUCAUUGCAUCCGAAAUAACGGGGGCCACUUACCGUUUUCAUUUGGACCUAUUCAUAUGGAACUACUUUUCCGUGGGACUCAUGGUCCUAGCCCUUAAAGCAUAUCUUCUUCAGAAUUGGAGGAAUCUGCAACUGGUCACCACACUGCCAUAUUUAUCAGUGUGUGUUUUCUUUAAGGUUUUUCCGGAAUCACUACGAUGGCUUUGGAGCACUGGGCACUACACAAAAGCGAACAAGACUGUAAGUAAGAUAGCUGCCGAGAACAAGAGGUCUGACGCACUCAACAUGUUCCCCGAUGUCCUGUCAAUCGAAUCGGAUGACAACGAGCUCGGCUGCUUUGUUUUGUUCCGAAGCACCAGGCUAAUGAUGCACUUUGUUGCCAUGGCAUUCAGUUCACUGGCCGUCGGCUUUUCUUACUUUGGGCUUUUCUUGGUUUCUGAUUACCUCAGUGGGAAUCUCUACACUGAUUUCGCUCUAAUGGCUGCAGUAGAAAUCCCUGCCAAUUUUCUUGCAAUUUUUGUAGCAAGAAGAUUUGGUCGCAAGAAAACAGUUAUGUUGAGUUUUUUGGUCACCUGCGUGAUAUCGGGUGCAUUAUUUGCGAUUACCAAAGAUCGUGAUCGAGAAUGGCGCUAUGCUAGCCUCGGUGUGGCUUUAUGCUGCAAAUUUGCUCUUACUGUCGCCUCACUUUCAUCGAUGAUUUGGACGUCCGAAGUACAUAAAGCUGAAGGGAGAUAUCAACAUGUCGGUGUUGUGAAUUCUUUGCGGCUCCUUGGAGGUACAGCUGCUCCAUGGCUCACCACCUACAGCCUUGAAAGCGAUCCCGGAGUUGUUUUCGCAGUGAUGAGCGGACUUUCCGCUGUUGCCGGACUGUUAUCUAUUCUCUUACCCGAAACAAAAAAGACCAGAGAUGAUUCAAUGGAGGACUCAGAAACAGAUUACAAAUGCUUGAAUGGUACGAUAGACCAAAACCUGAACCAAACUAUGCUAACUAGCACAAGUGAACCCGAGAAGCCAAACAUUUCAACCGAUAUUAAAUUUGAUUACGCGAAUUUAUCUCAAAUGGACCGAGAAACAGAUAUAUAAGCAACUGGUAUCUGAUGAUUCAAAAACAGCCUAGGCCCUUUUCCAUAAAACAUCAUCUUUAAGCUGCCAGUGUGAUAGGAUGUAUAACUAUACAUGAUUCUAGCCUCCAUAUAAGGCAGAUGUGCCCAGAUAUGGUGGAUGGGUCCUAUAUAGUGGAGACCUACAUAGUGUUGCUAUGAUCUUCGCUUGGUCUUCUACAGUAAAAACGCAUAAUACAGCGACUCAUAACAGGCAGUGGUUCUGCCAUAUCACUGUACCACAACCGCAAUUGCAUUGAUUCUUGUAUUUUGCAAUCCAAUUUGGUUCACAAAUCAAUACAGUGAUAUCGUUUAUUUAAUGUCCUUGUGAGCGUUUGCAAAUCAUACCCUAUUCACUUCUGCGUAAAAAUGCAAAUAUGCUUGAAAUAAUGGAACUAUAUCUGGAAUGGAUCAUGGCUUGGAGUUCAUUGUGACCUUUCAAUUUCACAAUCCCUGGUUGGAUACUAUAUUUUCGAUUAUAGUGAGUCGUAAAGGGCCUAUCUGAAAGGGCUCUACAUAUCUGCUCCAUUCAGGUCUUCAGCCAACAAAUGAUACUGAACAGCUCUCGAGACAACUUAAUCUCGGUGAUAUCCAAACGAUUUCUAAAAUCUACCAGAGGACUGAAGACGAGGACUGAAGCAUAAUGGCAUACUAGCUUGCCAUUGGUGUCAGAUUGUCUUUUGAAUGGAUGUACUAUAGAUCAUAGCAUAGAUAUUUUCAAAUUUAAUUCUGCUGUAAUCUAUAGAAUAUAUUAAAAAUGACAGUAUAGAAAAAUUCUUUUUUGUUUUAAGCUUAUUGCAUUGAUCUGUUUAUAUAAGCUCAGGCUGACUUGACUGUACCUCAGGCAGGUUAGAUCUCACGGUUAAUGCCACUGUUGACAUUUCGCAUUUUACAUCACGUACCAGGACGAACUCGCUUUUAUGUAUAAAACUGUGGGGUAAGUGUGUUCCAUUUAUGCAAGAUAGAGGGUCAAAGAAACUGUUCCACUACUAGUUGAAGAUAGAGUGUAGGGGUAAAAAAAGAACUGGCAACCUUCUUGUUGACAAACGCAAAUCUGUUUGCAUGAAGAACAUCCAAUUUGGCAUGAAACAGAACUCAACGUGCCUCUCAGCAACCUACCCUUGGUUAUGUAUAAGCAAUCUAAUAAACGGAGGCAACAGAAGGAUUUAGAAUGCUGAAGUCCCCUGUUUUAAAGACGUUAUGAAAGGUAUUGGUUAUCUAUAGAGGGAUUUUAAGCAAAAUUUCUUGCAUUUGAUAUCAAUCUUCUCAAUUAUUAAUCCUCAAAAAAAUCUUUGGCACAAAUGAAUUUGCAAUGAUCACCAUAGAAGCUCCACUUGUUCUUUUUGUGCAUUCAGAGUCA